AUGGCUGCCAACAUUAUUGGUAAGCCUUGCACUUUGUGCGAGGUAGAGGCAGAGGAGGAGAAGAAGGAAGGAAAAAAGAAGACAAGGAAGAGAGUCAGGUUUAACUUGAACGUACAAACCUUUGAAUCAACUCUACCAUCAAGUUUAGAAGAUGAAGAUGAAUUGGUGUAUGGAGCGAGUGAUUUGGAGAAAGUAGACUAUAACACAGUCAUGUUGAUGAUGAAGAAGAUGAUGGAGUCAGAAGAUGAAAACGACUAUGAAGAUGAUGCUGAUGAUGAAGAAGAUGACAACCAGGAUGUGACUCCUCUACUGAAUCCAGAUGAGAAUAUUGCGCAGUGGAAAGCCGUUAAAGCAAAGCCAGUAAGAAGAGUUAAACAGCUAAUGAAGGAGAAUAUUGAACCGGAUAGUGAUGAUCAAGCAAAGCCCCUAAUGAAGGAGAUCAUCGUCAAUACUAGCCUCGCGGACUGGUUGGCCUCACCAAAGGAAUGGUUUGUGUAA